AUGGCCUGUCCCAUCAGCGUCAGCAAGUUUGUUGGCACUGUCUCCCUCGGUCUUCUUACCGGCCUCUCCUACUCCACAUCAGCCAUCACAAUUCCAGCUCUACAACUCCUUCCAACAGCGACUACCGCCGCCCGCUCCUUAAACGAAGUAAAGCGCCUAACCCGCCGACAUGCCCUGCGCCUCUCCUUCCUGACAAAUUCUUGCUUCUGUUUCGCAUGGUGUCUUUCAUCUCCCCGCCGCCGACACCCGUACAUGGUCUGGCUGUGUGCAUUUUCUACAAUCGGUGCCCACGGCCUUGAUUUCUGGUUCAACCGUCACCUCGGCUUCAAGAACUGGGCGUCAGCUGUGAUCCGCGACGUCUCCCACUUCUCCCUAGUCCGGGACCCGAACACAGGCAAAGAUGAAGACCUUGUUGUAGUUGAAGCCCAGGGCGACGUGAACGGCGAGACAGUUCAGCGCGAGAUGGUCCGGGAGCGCCGGCUCCAACGAGCGCGCACUUGGUUGUCUGGUAUCGCGCUUUCUAUUGGAAUUGUUGGUCUUUGGGGGGACAAGAGGUGA